AUGGUUGCUCCACAGGUUCAACCACUGCAAAAUCCAUUUGAUGAUGCUGCAUUUUAUUUAAGUGACACAGAAUUGAUUUCUGAGAACAUAGAAACCAUUUUAACAGUGAAUGAUGUAAAUAAGGAUGACAGUGCUAAUACCGAUAACCAUCAAACACUUUUAUCAAAUGACUAUAUUGAGCAGAACAGCAAUAAACCUCAUACAAUAACAUCUGAUACAAAAGCACACCAACAUAAUGUAACAAAACGGAAAUCACAUGAAACCAUUAAACAACAAUAUUUUAAAGCAAAACUAAGAAAAAAAUAA